AUGCCUACUAAAUUAGAAGAGACUUCAACUACAGCUAAAGGCACUUCAAAUAUUAUUGGCAUUAUCCAUCCACCCCCAGAUUUAAAAACUCUUAUUGAUAGCACAGCUAAGUAUGUAGCCCGCGUUGGUGUUGAAUUCGAACAAAGAAUUAGAAAGGAGAAAGCACAUCUCACAUUUCUCAAUCUUGGUGAUCCCUAUUACGCUUAUUAUAUCACAAAAGUUAAAGAAUUUAAAGACUCAGGCACCACCACCACUUCUUCUAAAACUUCUGAUCAAACAACUGAAGUAAAAAGUAAAGAAUUUAUUAAAGAAGAACCGGAAGCGCCUGUUCUUCCACCACCUGAUUACGAAUUUCUAAUAACUGUUCCUACUAUUGCGGCUAUGGAUAUAGCGAUCGUCAAACUGACAGCGCAAAGCGUAGCGAAAAACGGGAGGCAGUUUUUAAUGUCUUUAAUGCAACGCGAAUCCCGCAAUUAUCUUUUUGAUUUUCUUCGUCCUCAUCAUAUUUUAUUUGGAUAUUUUACAAAACUUGUUGAACAGUACACGAAGAUAUUUCUUCCUUCUAAAGAGUCAUUAGAAAACUUGAAAAACCAAUCCACUAACCGCGAAGCAAUUUUGCGACGUGUAAAGCAACGAGUUGCUUGGGAAAAUCAACAGAGAAAAAAAAAACAGGACAUUCAGAAUAAAAUAGAAGAAGAAAAAAGGCAAUACGCGACCAUUGAUUGGCACGAUUUCACAGUUGUUGAAACGGUCGACUUCCCUGAAGAUGAUUUUUCCGAACUUCCACCACUUAUUACAAGAGAACUUUUAAAACAGCGAAUCAUAUUACAAGAAAGAUACGAACGAAGUUUAAGAGAAAAGCAACAAGUCAGAGCUCCCGAGCAGCCCGAAGUAGUUCCAUUACCUCCUAAACACUCCGAAGAAGACGAAAAGAAAAUGCUAUUGGCUAGUCAAGCUUAUGAGGAAGAGCACGAGGUUCACUACCCUCAACCAAAUGAGGUGACGGAAAUAGUUCAGCAGAAUGACAUAAAAAUUGUUGAGUAUGAUCCCAAAGCUCCGCGAAAGAGCUCUUCUAGCCAGGAAUAUUCCAUCUGUCCCAAUUGCAAGCAAUCUAUUCUCUCUUCGCAAAUGGACGAGCAUUUACGAGUAGAAUUGCUGGAUCCACGCUGGCGGGAGCACGACGAACGAAGAAGAGCAGAACUCCAAGAAAUGAAGAAAACUUAUGCUUCCGGUAUGGAUAUGCAAGCAAACUUGAAACAACUUUCCAAAGUCCGCACAGAUAUCUUUGAAGGAGAAGAAUUUCAAGACUCGAAAGCGGAAAAAGAUAAGGAAAAAGUUAUUUGGGACGGAUUUGCGUCUUCUGCCUCGGCCGUUAGCGCUGCUGCUCAGGCUUCCGUGACCCAUGACGAUCGUGCGAAAGCGCUAGAACGCAACAUGGCUGAAAAUGCAGAAGCUGAUAAGAUUGGUCCGGGAAAUAUUAAUGCUUCUGUUCCACCGCCCAUUCCUGCUCCGCCAGUCACUCUUCCGCCCUUUGCUGGUUCCAUGCCACCACCUCCUCUGGGGAUGCCUGGCGGUCCUCCUGGUUUCAUGGCACCACCCUUAAACAUGAAUUUCCCCGGCCGCCCCAACUUUUUACCUGGAAUGCCAAUGCCUCCAGGUAUGCCUCCAGGCUUUAUAUCCAACAUGCAGGGAUUACCACCAAACAUGUUCCCUCCCAUGACUGGUCUUCACGCGCGUCCGUAUUUUGGCCAGCCGCCUCCUUUUCUUGAUCCGAAACGUGUGAAAGUGGAUGAGACUGGCGCGAUGGAAGCCCCAACCGUCACCUUCAAAAUAGUCGUUCCGCACGUCCCCGAUAAGCCGGAAUGGAAUCUUUCAGGACAAAUAGUUGAUGCUGAGCUGAAGAUCACACAAACUAUUGCUGAUAUCAAGACUUUUCUGCAAAACGCCUUACAAAUGCCCGUUAGUAAGCAAAAACUUCAGAUCGGCGCAAACUUUUUAAAAGAUAGUGAAACUUUGCUAAGUUAUAACUUCAACCCAACAACAGUGGUCCACUUAACAGUGAAAGAGCGCGGAGGUCGUAAAAAAUAA